AUGUCGGCUCCUAUGUUGGGCAACGCCUGGCAUGCAGGAGUUGCAGCAACUCAUUCUGGUACGUCUCUCCGCUGUACUCGCUGCCCUCGAUAUACUCAAAACGUCCCCUCAUCUUACCUUCAGCGAGCCAAUUUUCUCAGAAAGAAUCCUACCGAGCAGAAAACUCCGAACGAGCUCGAUAAUCUAGUCAAAUACAUCCAGAGUUCUUUGGUUAACGGCAAUGGUAUUACUAAUGGAUCUACGCCUGUAGUUGCUCCUCCGGUCCCCCCUCAUACUCCCGUCUCUUUCACCUCCGACCAGAUAAGCGUUCUCCGUGCUCAAAUAUCAGCCUUCAAACUUCUCAGUCGGCAUCUGCCUGUGCCCGAAAAUGUACAGCAAGCCAUGCAGGUGCAUAGUGCUGUAGACGAGAAACGGCUCCAGUCCCCCGAUCUCACUUCUCGAGCCGCUGACAGCGCUGUGAAGGUGCCAAAAGGCGAGUCAGGGACACCUGUGCUCGAUAAUAGCAAGUCAGAGGAACCGGAAGAAAUAGAGAUUGAUCCCGCCGACCUACCCAAAGGGCCAUUUCUCGAGGACGAUGUCAACUCGGGUAUAUACCCUUAUAAUGCGUAUAGACACCCUUUUUCCCACCUCAAGCACGGGCCCGAGACCGAUAAAACCAUGUUUUCCACUCGACUGCAGCGCCUACUCAUUCCCACCAUUAUGCCCGCCGGCCUUGACGCUAACCAGAUAUUGGCCGAACGUGACCUUUUCAUUGAAAACCGCAUCCAGCAGCGAAUCAGGGAACUGGAAGCGCUUCCUUCUACGAUGGGGGAUGGAGGCUUAGUUCCAGGCGUUGACAUUGACGAGAUGGUCAAAGGCGAGAAGGAGAACACUGCGGCUAAUGAUGCUCAUCUUGGAAACCUUAUACAUCCGAGUGCCACAUCCCAUGGUAAGUUCCGUGCCAUGAUCGAGCUCAAGUCGUUGCGUCUCGUGGAAAAGCAAAGGGCCAUGCGCGCUCUCGUGGCCGAACGACUUACCCAUGGAUCUCUCCUUCCGCUUAACCGAGUCGACUUCAAGCGCACUCGGAAGCCGCAUCCCAAAGAUGCGCGUAUGACUGAGCAGCUCGAACGAAGGCAACGCGCCGAUCGCGAGCGCCGUGCGAAGCACAAACAUGUUGAGCAGCUCAACGUUAUCACAGCUCAUGGACGCGAAGUGAUUGCCGUAAACCGCGCAGCUCAAGAACGGGUUCUGAGAAUUGGGCGGGCCGUUUUGAGCUACCAUGUUCAUACAGAGAAGGAGGAACAGAAGAGGAUCGAGAGGAUCUCGAAAGAACGUUUGAAAGCGCUAAAGGCAGACGACGAAGAAGCGUACAUGAAACUCAUUGACACAGCCAAGGACACUAGGAUCACGCACCUCUUAAGACAGACGGAUGCGUACCUUGACUCCCUUGCUCAGGCCGUCGUCGCUCAGCAGAAUGAAGGUGGUCCACAAGAACACUUUCAAUUUGAGGUGGAAGAUGGUCCAGCAACAGAGGCUACAUUCGGUGCACAGAUUUCGGAAGAUGCCAAUGAAGACAAGGCUAAGGUAGAUUACUACGCCGUUGCCCAUCGUAUAUCCGAGAAGGUCACGAGGCAGCCUUCUAUACUGGUUGGUGGAACAUUAAAAGAGUAUCAGUUGAAGGGGCUGCAGUGGAUGGUGAGCUUAUAUAACAACAGACUUAAUGGUAUUUUGGCAGACGAAAUGGGUCUCGGAAAGACAAUUCAGACUAUAUCCCUGAUUUCGUUCCUCAUCGAAGUCAAACGACAACGCGGUCCUUAUCUCGUUAUUGUCCCUCUUUCCACCAUGACGAACUGGUCGGGAGAAUUUGCCAAAUGGGCACCGUCCAUCAGGACCGUGUCGUACAAAGGCAAUCCAGCUCAGCGCCGUGCUUUACAGGGUGACCUUCGGGUGGGGCAAUUUCAAGUCUUGCUCACUACGUAUGAGUAUAUCAUCAAAGAUCGACCUCAUCUCAGCAAGUUAAAAUGGCUUCAUAUGAUCAUCGAUGAGGGUCACCGUAUGAAAAACACCCAAAGCAAACUUUCUCAAACUCUCACCACUUACUACCACACCCGAUAUCGCCUCAUUCUCACUGGUACGCCCUUGCAGAACAAUCUUCCAGAAUUGUGGUCUUUGCUGAAUUUCGUCCUUCCCAAAAUCUUCAAUUCCGUAAAGUCAUUUGACGAAUGGUUUAACACUCCCUUUGCCAACUCUGGAACGGGUGACAAGAUAGAACUGAACGAAGAAGAGGCUCUUCUCAUUAUCCGUCGUCUCCACAAAGUGCUUCGUCCUUUCUUAUUGAGGCGAUUGAAGAAGGACGUCGAAAGCGAGCUACCAGACAAGGUUGAAAAGGUCAUAAAGGUCAGGAUGAGUGCUUUGCAAAGUCAGCUCUAUAAGCAGAUGAAGAAGCACAAAAUGAUUGCAGACGGAAAAGACGCCAAAGGCAAAUCGGGUGGCGUGAAGGGUUUGAGCAACGAGCUGAUGCAGCUGCGAAAGAUCUGUCAACAUCCUUUCCUAUUUGAAAGCGUAGAGGACAAAGUCAAUCCCAGCCAGAUUAUUGACGAUAAACUCAUUCGGACGUCCGGAAAGAUCGAGUUGCUUAGUCGUGUCUUGCCGAAAUUCUUUGCGGCAGAUCACAGAGUCCUCGUUUUCUUUCAGAUGACCAAAGUAAUGGAUAUCAUGGAGGACUUCUUGAAGAUGAUGGGAUGGAAAUAUCUUCGGUUGGAUGGUGGCACCAAAACAGAAGAGCGUGCAUCAUAUGUCCAGAUGUUCAAUGCAAAAGAUUCGGAGUACAAGGUGUUCAUUCUGUCGACAAGGGCUGGCGGCCUGGGCCUGAACUUGCAGACUGCUGAUACGGUUAUCAUGAACCCUCAUGCUGACUUACAAGCUCAAGAUCGUGCACAUCGUAUCGGUCAGACCCGUGCCGUGCUCAUCCUCCGAUUCAUCACAGAGAAGAGUGUGGAAGAAGCCAUGUACCAGCGCGCCCGCUAUAAAUUGGAUAUUGACGACAAGGUCAUUCAAGCUGGUCGUUUCGAUAACAAAUCCACGCAAGAAGAGCAGGAAGAGUUUUUGCGUUCGAUCCUUGAGGCGGAUCAAGAAGAAGAAAAUGAAGAGGCUGGUGACAUGAACGACGAAGAGCUCAAUGCGCUGAUCGCUCGUAGUGAAGAGGAAGGGGAAAUCUUUCGGCAAAUGGAUAUUCAGCGCGAACGUGAAGCUCAAGAGAAGUGGCGAGCUCAGGGAAAACGCGGCAAGGCACCACCUCCUUUGAUACAAAUCGAAGAGCUUCCCGAAUGCUAUCAAACUGACGAGCCCUUCGAGGCCAAAGACACCGAAGAGAUAUUUGAAGGUCGCGGCCAGCGUCGCAGGAAUGUUGUGAGUUAUAAUGAUGGCCUUAGUGAUGACGCAUGGGCGAGAGCUCUGGAAGAUGGCGAAGAUCUUGAAGAGCUUAGCGAGCGGCCGCGGAAGACGCGAAACAUCGCCAAGUUCAUGCGAGAAGGAGAAGCGUCUGGUCGAGGGACACCAGUCUCUGACCUGGAUUCUCGAUCCCGUAAGGGGCGCAAAGGUAAGGCCAAAGCACAAGACUAUGAGCCUCCAAUUGGUUCUAAGCGGAAGCGGGGGGUGAAAGCGAUGUCAAUAACUCCAUCCGCCGCAGGAGAUGAUGAGGACGACGACCGAAUAAGCAAACGCCGGAAGACGAAGACGAACGAUAUUUCUUCUUCGCUACGAGAGCGGAUGAAAAGGGCGUUUGAAGAAUGCUAUGAUGCUGUGUAUGACUGCGAGGCUGAAGAUGGUCGGACUCGGCGCGACCUAUUCCUCCAACUCCCGGCUAAAAAGACAUAUCCCGAUUACUAUCAACUCAUCUCCAGACCUAUCUGCAUGUCACAAAUCCAGAAGCGAAGCCAAGGGUCGUACUACAAGACUGUUCAGCAAUUCAGAGAUGACUGGAAGCUCAUGUUCAACAAUGCGCGCACUUAUAAUCAAGAAGGCUCAUGGGUCUAUAAUGAUGCGGAGGAAAUGGAGAAGGUCUUUGAUGCCACGUAUGAACGGGUUAUAGUUGGCUCGGGUCUACCUGGAGCUCCAUUAUCGGGAUCGUACGAUUCUGCCUUGACACCUAUGGACGACGAUGAACGUCCGCCGCCUCCAGUGCGUUCCAGGAGUACAGGGCGCAAGCAGGUGCUCAGUGACGAGGAGGGCGAUGAUCCGGAGUACCUGACUCCAAGCGACGACGAUUGAUGCAUUCUUCCACUUUCUCCUUGUCAAAUAUUUGUAGCGUUAUUGUAAACCGUAUCUCUGGAUUUUGAUUCGCCUGAUCCAUACUUAUUCGCUGUUGACUU